AUGCGGCGUCUUAGCUCCCGAGGUCAUGGCAAAAACUCCAGUCUCAAGACGGAAGAGGACGUGGAAGAGCUCAUGCAGACACUUGUGGCCCAAAUCCAUGCCAAGCUCAAGAGUGACCUGAAUUUACGUGAAAUUUAUAUUCCCAACUUGAAGGCAGAGGCACGAUGCAGUAUUUUUGCUUCCCAUAAUUAUGCAGCAUGUCCCAAACUCUGUGUCUUUAUGCAGCCAGGCGAAGGAAUGCAGCCGGGUAUGUGGAGUCGAACAAUUCAUCCAAAAACGGGAUUUCAAGGCUCGAUGAUCCCGUAUUUGAAGACGGCAGUUCAAGGAGGAUACGGUGUGGUCAUUUUGAACCCAAGUGCCAAUUUUUGUAUGGUGAAUGGCCAUCGAGCCAAGAUUUUGCACUCGUCGACACCUGAGAGUCAUGUUUCGUUCGUCUGGAAGAAUUAUAUUGUGCCCAAUGCAGCACAGGAGAUCAGUUUUAUUGUCUACGACAAUGCGGGAGUGUUGUUGAAGACUUUCUUGUCUUCAUUGACUGGACAUGAACAGCAACGGGUUGGCGGCAUUGCGUUCAUUGAAUCGGCCCAUCAGAUCUCGUCGGGAGACUCUGAUGUGUUACGAGAGAUGCUGCGUGAUAAGGCGGUGAAUUUUGAGGCCUCAACUGAGCCCAUGUUUACGGUUAUUGGGUCAUCCAAGGCACGACUUGGAUGCACGUCGCUGUCUGUGGGACGUUCUACAGGUGAGGCCAAUAACCGAGAGUGGACGGUUCAUUCGGUGCAAACAUCGGCUUUUGUUUUUCUGCAAUCUAUUGCCCGUGGAAUUGAAGACUCUUUGCACGCCAUUCGUGCUACAUUCCCCAACAAGCUCAUUGUAACGGUAAAUCGUGCCCGACUUACUGGCCAGCCGUACAACAACCCGUUUGCUGUGGUGCAAUGCGCAGGGCAGAAGAAGGAUACUGUGGGUAGCCAUAAGCAUACGAUGGACCCCGAGUGGAACCAGACCUUCUCUUUUCCUGUCACGUCUAGCGAUGCUAAAGUGGUCAUCGUGGUGAAAGAUAGAUCAUUCCCGAUGAACACGUCGCUGGGGCAGGUUGCUGUAAGCAUGAGUGAUGUGGGCCUCAACCGCGUCGAUCGACGAUGGUUUGCAUUGCGUGAUGAGAAGAUGCCAACAACUCACGGUAAUGGCGAAGUUGAAUUGACACUCGAGUGGGUACACGAUACAUUUGUUGCACGUUCUGACUCGUUUAUUCGCGGAAACCGUAUGCCGACGCUUGAAGCCCAGCAACGCUCUGGCCAGGGCACUGAUGGUGAAAACUAUUGCUACCUGUGUAGGACUACUUUCGUAUUGCGCCGCCGUCGAUACUGCCGCAUGUGCCUGUGUCUUGUUUGCACGUCGUGCUCAGAUCGCUUGUUCCUUCCAGGAUUUAGCGAGCCAAAACGUGUGUGUUCCGGCUGCUGUGAUCUUCAAAUGAUGCUGCACAACAAGCUUCCGCGUAUCAGUCCCAAUGGUCCGGCAAAUGCGCCGUCUCAAGAAAAGUUGGACGAACACGCGCAGCGGAUGGAAGCGAUGCGAAUACGUGAAGAAGCUGAAAAGCGUCCCCUGUGUAUUAGCGACUUUGAUCUUCUUAAGGUUGUCGGCCGUGGUGCCUUCGGUAAGGUGCUACUUGUGCGCAAGAAAGACGGCAAAAACUCCGGCCAAAUUUAUGCUAUGAAAAUUCUUGUGAAGUCUCACAUCAUCAAAAAUGACCAAAUCGAGAACACAAAGGCGGAGCAGCAUAUUCUAAAGGAAAUCAACCAUCCAUACGUGGUACGACUGCGGUUUGCGUUCCAGAAUGCUGACAAACUGUAUUUGAUCAUGGAUUACUACCCUGGCGGCUCAAUGUUCUACCACCUGCGCAAGUCAAAACGAUUUUCUGAAGACCGCACGCGUUUGUAUAUGGCACAGUUACUGACAGCGCUGAUGCAUUUACAUAGCAAGCAGAUCGCGUAUCGUGAUUUGAAGCUGGAGAAUAUUUUGAUGGACCCUAAGGGAAAUAUCGCGUUGACAGAUUUUGGUUUGUCGAAGGAGGGCCAGAUGGCUGAAGGUGCCAUUCGUUCCUCUCAGGCAGACUCGGGUAUGAAAACGAUUUGUGGUACAGCGGAGUAUAUGGCGCCAGAGCUGCUACGUCACCAACCGUACGGAAAGGUGGUUGACUGGUGGAGCUACGGCAUUUUGCUGUUCGAGAUGUUGACAGGACGAACACCAUUCGUCGACCGCAACCGUCGGCAGAUGUUCAAGAACAUUAUGCAGUCGGAGGUGAUAUACCCCUCGCACAUUUCGCCAAUGGCGCGAUCGCUGAUUUCGAAGUUGCUGAACCGGGAUCCGGCAAGGCGGCUUGGAGGCGGCCCCAACGGUGGCCGUGAUAUCAUGGCUCAUCCUUUCUACGAAGCCAUCGACUGGGACAAGCUUAUGCGGAAGGAGAUAGAGCCUCCUUUUGUCCCUGACGUCAAUAGCGUCGACGAUAUCACGAAUGUGCCCGAGAUGUUCCAGAACAUGGCGGCUGUAGACUCCCCCGUGAACAAGAAGAAUGGCGAGGGCCACCAUUUCGACGACUUUACGUACCAGGAAGAAGGAGUCAUAAUGCGCGGUACGCACCGCUAA